AUCUUAGCCUUUUCGAUAUUCCCUCGUUACUUAAUAAUCCCAAAUCAGUAUUUCUUCUCCAGUUCCGUACUCUACAAUUCCCAAACAAUUUUCUUUCCUCUUCGAUUCAGGGUGCGAUUGAAGGUUGAUUGCCUGGUUUGACUAUUUGUACGCCAAUACAAUAUGUUUUUCGAUGGAUAUGGAUAUCAUGGGACGUCAUUUGAGCAGACAUACCGAUGUUACCCUGCAUCAUUUAUUGAAAAGCCUCAAAUUGAAAGUGGUGAUAAAAUUAUAAUGCCUCCUUCUGCCCUCGAUCGCCUUGCAUCUCUACAUAUUGACUAUCCAAUGCUGUUUGAGCUCCGGAAUGAUGCUGCUGAACGCAUCUCUCAUUGUGGGGUUCUGGAGUUUAUUGCAGAAGAAGGCAUGAUUUAUAUGCCUUACUGGAUGAUGGAAAACCUCCUCUUACAAGAGGGAGAUAUAGUGCGAGUAAAAAAUGUGACUCUUCCAAAGGGAACAUAUGUUAAAUUACAACCUCACACGAAGGACUUUUUGGAUAUAUCCAAUCCGAAAGCUAUCCUAGAAACAACAUUACGGAAUUAUUCCUGCUUAACAACUGGGGAUAGUAUUAUGGUGGCAUAUAACAACAAAAAGUAUUACAUUGAUAUUAUUGAAACAAAACCUUCCAAUGCAAUAAGUAUCAUUGAAACAGACUGUGAGGUGGAUUUUGCACCUCCACUGGAUUACAAGGAACCUGAAAAACCAGCUCUAUCUAUUCCACAAAGCAAGGCAACGUCUCAAGUUGAAGAGGAUCCUGCUGAAAAUGAACCAAAAUUCAGUCCUUUUACUGGAGUGGGAAGACGCUUGGAUGGAAAACCUUUGAAGCAGCAGCCUGCCCCAGUUUCUUCACAAGGGUCCAAAGACAAGCAACCUGCUGUUGCCAAUGGUAGGGGACAACCUUCUGUGGGGUCUAGUUCACAGGAUACUGCACGGCAGCCUCAAGGAAAACUAGUAUUUGGUUCAAAUGUUAGCCGUGCUCCCAAGGAAGCUCAGAAGGAAGCUGGAAAAGAGACCAAGAAAGAGCAAAAUGAAAAGAAAGAAGAACCAAAGUUCCAGCCUUUCACAGGCAAGAAGUACUCAUUGAAGGGUUGAUUUGUAUUAUCCGACAAUUGAUACCUUUUAACCUGUUAUGCUUUACUCAUCCUUGAUCAGGCAAAAGCAAUAGAAUUAUGUGUUUAUAUGGGAUAUUGUAUUAUUGAAAGAUGGAAUUUUAGGUUCCAAAGGGAAGCAAGGAGUACAUACCCUUGUUUGACAUGACUUUCGAGCUUCAAGUUGACUUAAGGUGUUCCUGCUGUUCUAUCUCUUUUUAUAGUCAUGCUAAUACCCAAGCAUAAGCAUCAUAAUGACUAUGGUGAUGUAAGGGUGUAUUGAACUUGAAUUUAAAUAUAACAGGGGUUGUUAUCUUCUUCCUAA